CUGGAGACGCGUUCAGCACCCGGACAGCUCCCCUAAGAAACAGUCACUGCCACAGCCAACAGCGUGCAUAGGGACAGAGGGGAACCUGCGACCUGCACACUGCCGCACGAAUAUACAGGAGACACAGAACUGAGAACCCCUUUCCAGCACAGAGACCCCACACCACCAUACAGACCCCACAUCAUAAAGACUCCACAGCACAGAGACCCCACACCACCAUACAGACCCCACAUCAUAAAGACUCCACAGCACAGAGACCCCACACCACCAUACAGACCCCACAUCACAAAGACUCCCCAGCACAGAGAUCCCACACCACCAUACAGACCCCACAUCACAAAGACUCCACAGCACAGAGACCCCACACCACCAUACAGACCCCACAUCACAAAGACUCCCCAGCACAGAGACCCCACACCACCAUACAGACCCCACAUCACAAAGACUCCACAGCACAGAGAUCCCAGACCACCAUACAGACCCCACAUCACAAAGACUCCCCAGCACAGAGAUCCCACACCACCAUACAGACCCCACAUCACAAAGACUCCCCAGCACAGAGAUCCCACACCACCAUACAGACCCCACAUCAUAAAGACUCCACAGCACAGAGACCCCACACCACCAUACAGACCCCACAUCACAAAGACUCCCCAGCACAGAGAUCCCACACCACCAUACAGACCCCACAUCAUAAAGACUCCACAGCACAGAGACCCCACACCACCAUACAGACCCCACAUCACAAAGACUCCCCAGCACAGAGAUCCCACACCACCAUACAGACCCCACAUCAUAAAGACUCCACAGCACAGAGACCCCACACCACCAUACAGACCCCACAUCACAACGACUCCACAGCACAGAGACCCCACACCACACAUACCCCAUAUCACAGACUCCCCAGCACAGAGACCCCACACCACACAUACCCCAUAUCACUGACUCCCCACCACAGAGACACCUCACCACACAUACCCCAUAUCACAGACUCCCCAGCGCAGAGACCCCACACCACACAUACCCCAUAUCACUGACUCCCCACCACAGAGACACCACACCACACAUACCCCAUAUCACAGACUCCCCAGCGCAGAGACCCCACACCACACAUACCCCAUAUCACUGACUCUCCAGCGCAGAUAUCCCACACCACACAUACCCCAUAUCACAAAGACUCCCCAGCACAAAGACCCCACACCACCAUACAGACCCCACAUCAUAAAGACUCCACAGCACAGAGACCCCACACCACACAUACCCCAUAUCACAGACUCCCCAGCACAGAGACCUUACACCACACAUACCCCAUAUCACAGACUCCCCAGCACAGAAACCCCACAUCACAGACUCCCCAGCACAGAGACACCACACAUACCCCAUAUCACUGACUCCCCAGCACAGAGACCCCACACCACACAUACCCCAUAUCACAGACUCCCCAGCACAGAGAACCCACACCACACAUACCCCAUAUCACUGACACCCCAGCACAGAGACUCCACACCACACAUACCCCAUAUCACUGACUCCCCAGCACAGAGACCCCACACCACACAUACCCCAUAUCACUGACACCCCAGCACAGAGACUCCACACCACACAUACCCCAUAUCACUGACUCCCCAGCACAGAGACCCCACACCACACAUACCCCAUAUCACUGACUCCCCAGCACAGAGACCCCACACCACACAUACCCCAUAUCACUGACUCCCCAGCACAGAGACCCCACACCACACAUACCCCAUAUCACAGACUCCCCAGCAUAGAGACCCCACACCACACAUACCCCAUAUCACUGACUCCCCAGCACAGAGACCCCACACCACACAUACCCCAUAUCACAGACUCCCCAGCACAGAGACACCACACAUACCCCAUAUCACUGACUCCCCAGCACAGAAACAACCACGUCACAGACUCCCCAGCACAGAGACACCACACCACACAUACCCCAUAUCACUGACUCCCCAGCACAGAGACCCCACACCACACAUACCCCAUAUCACUGACUCCCCAGCACAGAGAUCCCACACCACACAUACCCCACAUCACAAAGACUCCCCAGCACAGAGACCCCACGCCACACAUACCCCAUAUCACAAAGACUCCCCAGCACAGAGACCCCACACCACACAUACCCCAUAUCACAGACUCCCCAGCACAGAGACCCCACACCACCAUACAGACCCCACAUCACAAAGACUCCCCAGCACAGAGAUCCCACACCACCAUACAGACCCCACAUCACAAUGACUCCCCAGCACAUAGAUUCCACACCAUUAUACAGACCACACGACCCCACAUCACAAAGAUUCCCCAGCACAGCGAUCCCACAUUACCAUAUAGACCCCAAAUCAAAGACUCCCCAGCACAGAGAUCCCACACCACAGGGACCUAUAACAGAUAGACCCUACACCACAGAGACCCCCACACCACACAUACCCCAUAUUACAAAGACUCCUCAGCACAGAGACCCCACACCACACAUACCCAACAUCACAAAGACUCCCCAGCACAGAGACCCCACACCACAUAUACCCCAUAUCACAGAGGACUCCCCAGCACACAGACUCCACACCAUACAGACCACACAUCACAAAGACUCCCCAGCACAGAGACCCCACACCACCAUACACCAUAUCACUGACUCCCCAGCACAGAGACCCCACACCACACAUACCCCAUAUCACAGAGGACUCCCCAGCACAGAGACCCCACACCACAUAUACCCCAUAUCACAGAGGACUCCCCAGCACAGAGACUCCACACCAUACAGACCACACAUCACAAAGACUCCCUAGCACAGAGACCCCACACCACACAUACCCCAUAUCACAGACUCCCCAGCACAGAGACCCCACACCACACAUACCCCAUAUCACAGACUCCCCAGCACAGAGACCUCACACCACAGGGACCCAAAACACGUAGACCCUACACCACAGAGACUCCCCAGCCCAUAAGACUGCACACAACAGGGACCUUACUGUACAUAGAGACCUCGCUAUACAGACCCCAUAACACACAGACCAUAUUCUGUAACAUACUGUAUAACCCACCCCACAGUGACUCCACAACACACAGACCCUAAACUACAGAGAUCCCACACUAGACACCACAGCUCCUACAGCACUGAAACUCCACACCAGUGACCCCACACCAUAGAGAGCCCACACCACAGAGAGACACAGUACACAGAAACCUCAAUAACAGACCCCACAACACACUUACAGACCCUCACCAGCACAUUUUCACAGAAGAGAGCACAGAGACCCCCACCCAGUACAUAUGCACAGGACACAUCAGAGACCCCCACACAGCAUAUACACACAGAGAGAGCGUAGAAACUCCCACCCAGCACUUAUAUACAGGAGACAAGAAACCUCUACCAAGCACACAUACACAGGAGAGCUCAGAAACCCCCACCCAGCACAUAUACACAAGAGAGAGAUCAGAAAACCCCCACCCAGCACAUAUACACAAGAGAGAGAUCAGAAAACCCCACCUAGCACAUAUACACAGGACACAGCACAUAGACCCUCAUCCCAGCACAUAUAUACAGGACACAGCACAUAGACCCCCCCCCAAUCAACACAUUUACAGUCACAGGAGACAACUCAGAGACACCUACUCAGCACAUAUACACAGGACAAGACACAUAGAUAGAACCCCAGCACAUACUGUAUACACAGGAGCACACAGAGAUUACACAGGACCCAGGUUAGAGACUACACAGCACAUUUACACUGGAGACAGCUCAGAGUCCCCCCACCAAAAACAUAUACACAGGAGACAGCAGUCAGUAGUGCUGAGACAGUGACUCGGGGAUAGUCGCAACUUGCUACUAUGCAUUGCAUAGACUGAAUUCGGGGGCUGCACUGGAUGAACUGCACUUGGGGGGCUGCCUGCACUGGAUGAACUGAACUCGGGGGUAGCACUGGUGGAACUGCACUUUGGGGGCUGCACUGGAUGAAUUGCAUUUGGGGGGAUGCACUGGAUGAACUGAACUCGGGGGGAUGCACUGGAUGAACUGAACUCGGGGACUGGACGAACUGCAUUUGGGGGAGCACUGGAUGAACUGAACUCGGGGGUAGCACUGGAUGAACUGCACUUGGGGGGCUGCACUGGAUGAACUGCAGUUGGGGGGCUGCCUGCACUGGAUGAACUGUACUCGGGGGUAGCACUGGAUGAACUGCACUUUGGGGGCUGCACUGGAUGAAUUGCAUUUGGGGGGAUGCACUGGAUGAACUGAACUCGGGGGGAUGCACUGGAUGAACUGAACUCGUGGACUGGACGAACUGCAUUUGGGGGAGCACUGGAUGAACUGAACUCGGGGGUAGCACUGGAUGAACUGCACUUGGAGGGCUGCACUGGAUGAACUGCACUUGGGGGAGCACUGGAUGAACUGAACUCGGGGAAGCACUGGAUGAACUGAACUCGGGGAAGCACUGGAUGAACUGCACUUGGGGGGCUGCAUUGGAUGAACUGCACUUGGGGGAGCACUGGAUGAACUGAACUCGGGGAAGCACUGGAUGAACUGCACUUGGGGGAGCACUGGAUGAACUGCACUUGGGGGAGCACUGGAUGAACUGAACUCGGGGGAGCACUGGAUGAACUGCACUUGGGGGAGCACUGGAUGGACCGAAAUUGAGGGUCUGUAUUGAAGUGGUUGGUGCCGUUGCUUAGAUGGGGAGCUCUGGCGUCGCAUCCCAGGAUGGGUUGAAGUCUAGCCAGUGACUGAUCGGGUCCAGCAUCUCUUCCAGUAGUUUCAGCGGGCACAUGGAGCACGGCUUCAGUUACAAAUAAGCGGAGCUCCAUGCCAUCAUCCGCAGGAAGGAGCGGGUGCUGGGUCCAGGAGGCGCGCUGCGCCUCAUCCUCUCCAAAGUUUGCCUCCAGCUUUGGCGCAACAUGAUCCUAUGUAACAUCAGCGCCAUCACAGAUUGGGGAUUCUUCCUGUCCCAGCUCCUGCCCAAAGUUAACAAAACCCUCCGCCUGGUGCACCAGGGCAUCAACACGGUGGAGGCAACGACCAACUCGGUGGUGAGUGCCCUCCAGGAGCCGGAGAGCCCCAGCUACCUGCCCCACACCGAGCCCAUGACCGACAGCGACUUCACCACCGGGCUGGAGCGGCUUUUCCACUACACUUACUCCCAGUCCUCUGAGGACCAGCAGCUCUAUAAGGACUACAACAAGCCGCCCCCCAAGGAGCCGGUGCCCCUGCCCAAGGCCGUGCUCUACCUGCUGAUGGCAGCCCUGGUCAUGGUGGCCGUGGUGUAUGCCAUCGUCGGGCACCUCAUCAAGGAUCUUAUUCAUGACUUCAUAGAGUGGAUUUUUGGCUCCAGCCCAGAUGCCACUGCGAAUAAGGGCGACAUCAACUGUAUCAGUCACAGCGCAAACGAAGCCAGGGAGAACCUAGAACUUUCUGUGUCCUCUAACCAUCAGGAGCUGGCCCCUUCCGGAGAAUUCCUCGUACGUAUGGAUGAGAUCACCCACCUUCCCCAACAAACAUGACACCCCGACCCCCGUCAGGUUCCCUGUUGUCCUCUCAGGAUGAAAACAGGACAGGUUUUAAGGCUGUGCCUGCUGGAGUCCAUCUGAUCAGUAAUUACACUUUGAGGUUGGAUUGAGAGGACAUCUCUCAAAGACUGGUUACAUCAUAAAUGCACAGUUUGAGUUUGGGUGAGCAAUCGACAGAUGUAAUCCAUAAAUUGUUUUAUGUAUUUAUUUUGUGACGUCUGGACUAGUUUUUAAAGAAGCACACACAGUACCGAGUGUUCUGUCCCUGAAGAAUAUACUGUUAAUUUUAUUGAUAUAGUUCAUCCAAUGUGUAUUGCAACUACAAUUUUGUUGUGUCUCCAGCAACCUGAUAAUAAUCUGGAUAUUUUCCUAAUUUUUUCUAACUCGCCUUAUAUUCUCAUCGGCUGCUAUUUUUGUACCCUUGUCCCACCAGCUUUGUGACUAUAUAAUUUUGUUGCUGUUUCUGUAUUUUACAAUGAAAUGUAUUCUGUCAGUGA